GCCGUCUGUUGGUCUAGGCAAUGGGUAGUACAAGGCGUCUUGGCGAGUUGUAUGCAGCGACCUCGAGGCCUCUCUAGGCGCCACAUUACACCUACACAGCGUCUAGGUACAUAUUAACAGUUCCUCUGUACCGAAAAUGGACUUGGCUUGCCGGGCUGGAUCUCGACAGACACAACGGCGGACAUAUUCAAAACUGACUGUCCAGUAUCCUGCCAGACUGCCUCUAUCUUACCAGUAUUCAGUCUAUCACCACCUUCUACGCUAUAAUGACUUCGGGUUGCAAUUCGCGCUGGAGCUCCUCGAGCUCCCUAGAGCCCAUGUUCGACCUCUCGAGCUCUGAUACAGAUCUGGAUUGGGUGUUCGAAAAGGAAUCUCCACCAUUGGGGGACAACGAAGAUGCCCAGUAUAUCCUCGUCUCUGGGGGUUUGGGCUAUAUCGGAAGCCAUACCUGCCUGGAACUCCUAAAAGCAGGAUACAACGUCCUCAUUGUGGAUGAUCUGAGCAACAGCCACUACCACGCCUUCCACCAGAUAUUGAAGGCUGCACAGGGGCAUCAUAGCCGUGCUAAUGCUGCAUGUCCUAAGGCGACACUAUCCAUCAUCGACUACGGCGACAUACCCGCAAUGAGGGAGCUGUUCAAUGCAUACUCCCUCGGACCAACAGCCCCUGGAAAGAGCCGAUCAAGGAUAAUAGGCGUCAUCCACUUUGCUGCCUUCAAACAGGUCGAGGAGAGCAUCCGCAAGCCGUUGAAGUAUUACGACAACAACAUCUGCGGGCUGCUUAACCUCCUCGCCCUGUUAGACGAGUACAACGUUCGAACCUUCAUCUUUUCCUCGUCCGCCAACGUCUACGGCUCCCAAGAAGUAGCUGGUCAGCUACUCCGCGAGGAAGACUGUCUCCAUGAGCCAGAGCUGCUCAAUCCCCCCAAGUCAACUCUAUCUAGGAUAACCAAUACCUACGGCCGAACCAAGCUAUUCGGCGAGGCCAUCCUAGCGGAUCUCGCUCGUGGCGAUCCCUCCUGGAACAUCGUCGCCCUGCGAUACUUCAAUCCCAUCGGCGGCGAUGCGUCGGGCUUGCUGGGAGAGGACCCCAAAUGCCCAUCCACAUCCCUAGCUGCAGCGCUGAGCAGGGUCAUCACCGGCCACAGCCCAAAUCUCUAUAUCUACGGGAAUGACUGGAACACCCGCGACGGAACCCCGAUAAGGGACUUUAUCCAUGUCAGCGAUCUGGCACGCGGGCAUAUUGCUGCCCUGGAAGCUGCCACCCAGGGGCGCAUGAAGGGGAACUUCCGCACCUUCAACCUGGGCACGGGGUCUGGGUAUUCGGUGUUGGAGUUUCUCCAUACACUCGAGACGGUGUCACGGAAGUCCAUUCCCUACCGCGUUGUCGGGAGAAGGCCAGGCGAUGUGAUCUCCUCCGUUGCCGACACGGAGCGGGCGGCGCGAGAGCUGAGCUGGCGCACGGAGUUGUCGUUAGUUGAUGCAUGUGUGGAUAUGUGGAAUUACCUUCAUAAAAAGCGCUCGCUGGGCCAGGAAUAGUGCCUGGUCUCGUUUGACUUGGCUAUUUGGUUACUACUUGACUUGAUAUAACUCAUUGAAAGAGGCAUUGCCUUGUUACCAGGGGCUGGGAACUUUGUUUCUACGCGAACAUCCUUGAAUUCCUCUGUACGACCAGCUCUCAGCCACAUGCAAGGAGGUUUAUAUACGCAGAACAGAGUCUAACCACCGUAUCCAGCCGCGAGACGUUGGCGCGCAAGUCGAAGUGCUUUCUGACCAAUUGUUUUUUGUUCUUUACCUAUCCCUAUCAUUCUUGUAUAUUAGUUCUGAAUACUAAUUUUAUUCUGUUGCUACACUGAAAUGCUUCGCAGCUGUAUGUUGGUUGCAACCGGG